AUGAAUAUGAAAACAUCUUCCUAGUAGUCACUAAUCUGCUUCCUCUGUCUGUUAAUUGCCAUGGCUGAUGAAGAGAUUGCUGCUCUAGUUGUGGAUAAUGGCUCUGGUAAGUGCAAGGCUGGGUUUGCUGGGGAUGAUGCCCCCCAUACUGUGUUCCCCUCCAUUGUGGGGUGUCCUAGGCACCAGUCACAGGGUGUGAUGAUGGGGGUGGGCCAGAAGGACAGCUAUGUUGGGAUUGAAGCCCAAAGUAAGUGUGGUAUCCUGAUGCUGAAGUACCAUAUUGAAUAUGGCAUUAUUACUAACUGGGAUGACAUGGAGAAAAUUUGGCACCACACUUUCUACAAUGAGCUCCGGGUGGCCCUGGAGGAGCACCCAUUAUUGCUUAGUGAGGCCCCUAAGGCUAACAGGGAGAAGAUGACUCAGAUCAUGUCUGAGGCCUUCAACACACCAGCUACGUAUAUGGCUAUCCAGGCUGUGCUGGCCUCUGGCCACACCACAGGCAUUGUGAUGGACUCUGGUGAUGGGGUUACCCACACGGUCCCCAUCUAUGAGGGCUAUGCCCUGCCCUAUGCUAGUCUCCAGCUAGACCUGGCACUCAGUCAGAUCCUGGCCGAUCUCAUGAACAUCCUGACGAGAGGCUACAGCUUCACCACCACAGCUGAGAGGGAGAUUGUGUGUGAUGUCAAGGAGAAGCUAUGCUAUGUUGCCUUGGAUUUUGAGCAGGAAAUGGCCACAUCCGCCGUCUCCUCUUCCCUAGAGAAGAGCUAUGAACUACCUGAUGGGCAGGUGAUCACCUUAGGCAAUGAGAGGUUCUGCUACCCUGAGGCCCUUUGCCUGCCAGCCUUCCUGGGCAUGGAAUCCUGCAGCAUCCAUGAGACUAACUUCAACUCUAUCGUGAAAUGUGAUGUGGAUCUCUGCAAGGACCUGUAUGCCAAUACGGUGCUGUCCGGGGGCAGCACCAUGUACCCAGGCAUUGCUGACCGGAUGCAGAAAGAGAUUGCUUCCCUGGCACCAAGUACUAUGAAAAUCAAAAUCAUCGCCCCUCCUGAGUGUAAAUACUCUGUCUGGAUUGGUGGCUCCAUCUUGGCUCUCUCCACUUUCCAACAAAUGUGGAUCAGCAAACUGGAGUAUGAUGAAUCUGGGCCAUCCGUUGUUCACUGCAAAUGUUUUUAAAGGGACUUCCCAGCAGACAACUUCAUGAGAAAAAUGUAUCCACCAUAUUGAGCUAUAUUAAUUCUCCUCUUUAAGGGCUCUCCUCUUAGAAGGGCUAGUAUCCAGUGCUACUCAUUUCCUUUAUUUCUUUAUCAAAGAAAACAGUUUGUUUGCUAUUAAUUUUUAGAGCAGUGACUAACUGAUAGGAAAAGGUUAUCUGGUAGAGCUCUUCUUUUGUGAAGCUUGGGUGAAUUCUACUAUCUUCUUUGCAGUUCAAAGUCCUCCAGUCAUGGAUCAAAGCUAACUUGUAAGGGUCAGAAUAACAAUUCAGUACUGAAUAGUCUCUUACAGGCUGAUAACAUCUCUAAACAAGCACUUUUUUGUGUCCUAAAACAUCUGGGUUUUAUAGCUAAAUGCCUAAGUGGCAAGAUAAUGGGUUAAUGUUGCAUAUUUGGAGUUGCUAAACAUGGGUUUGCUGUUUUUUAUACUUCUAAGCUAUAGUUUAGAACACUGAUGUUAGUUCUGACAACUAGAACAAACCAUUCCCUUAGCAGUGAGACUAUCUACUGUAGCAAAAAUUUCUUGUUCCUAAACACCAUUAUGCAAAAAAACCUGUAAACUGAUUCUCAAAUAUGCAUAAUAAUAAAAAGGCUAAUCUCUAAUAAGGUCAAGAACACUUCUUUCAGACUAGAAAGACUAGUGCUUUCUUACAGGACACAAGCAGCUAUAUAAUGGAAGGACUUUUCAAUCUUUGAGUGGAGUUUUGCAAGUCCUCCCAUAAAGCAAAUGCAGCUGGACUCUAUUAAAUCACUUAACUAGCAUAUAAUGCCUGCUUACUGCAUUAAAGUGUAAUUCUAUGCUUUUAAAGAGCAGAGUUUGAAAUGGCUUAGUACAUUUUAAAGGACACCAGACAGUUAUAAGGGUUUGACCUACUUGAGAACUAGCCCAUUCUUCUGCAUAGAAACUGUUUAAAGAAUAAGCAAAAUCUUGGACCUGAAAUUUCAGUUCCAUUAUUGCUGGAAUGGUGGGUAGCAUCCCUAGCCUGCUGCUCUUCUUUAGGACACACAAGAAUUUGCCCUAGCUCUUCUACUGUAGGCAAAAACCUUAA